GUCCAGUUACGCUGAUUUACUUGACGCGAAAAAUUGUAUACUUGAAGCAAUGUUAGGGUCAUAGCCGCGCUCUAGCCCUUGUUGACGAGAAUGCAGACACAACACCAGCUUGCUCUGCAGCAGCCAGACACACAAAAUAACCCAGAUAACAAUGACCCUAUGCGACUGUUAAAACUUAGCCAUAGCCUGCGUUACCAGCUCUCCCACCCUGUCAAGCGCGCCCCUGCCCCGCCACCGCUGACCGUGCCCCUUGAACCUGCCGGAUCCCCGCAGUUCGCUCAACCGGCGCCACCGCUGUACCCUCCGGGCACCGCUGCGUCGCCACACAGCCCCCAAGGAUGGCCGGCAGCUCCCCAGGCGCCGCAGGGUGCUGCGGCGGCAUCAGCCGUUGCUGGCGCAGGGCCGCAGGCCGCCGCACCAGCGGCCCCGCUGGGCCAAUGGCCCCAGGGCUCCUUGCCUCCACUCAAGGGCGCAGGCACCAAGUCAGGGCCCUACAAGGGAUUCGCGUCCAAAGCGUGGCUGGAGGCCGAGGUGCGCGGCGACGUGGAGGCCCUGCGGCAGCACGUGGACGCCUACGUCACACAGCGCGAGCGCCGCGCCUUCGAGCUGGAGCGCAGCGCCAUGCGGGCGGAGAUUGAGCACCUGCGCAAGCGGGUGGGCGAUGCCGAGGACAAGGCGGUGAGGCUGGAGCUGAUGCUGCCCAACAGCAACGGCGAGUUCCGGGCGCUGAGGGCCGAGCUGGAGGCGCUGGAGAAGGAGGCGGAUCAGUUCAGCGGCAUGCACGAGCGCCAAGCCAAGGCCACACAGACCGCCGUGGCCGCCAUCAAACAGGCGCUGGUGGACAUGGACGGUAUUGAGCAGGAGUUUGUCCGCAUCCAGCAGAUCAUCAACACAAUGCCUGGGCCCGGCGGGACAGCAGCAGGCGGCGGCGGAGGGCCGCAGUUUGCGGUCGGCGCCGGCGGCGUGGGCGGCGGCGCGGGCGGUGCGGCCGCCCGGCCCGGGAGCGCGGUGGGCUCGGGUGCCGGGGUCGUGGGGUCGCCGCCGGUGGUGGCGCCACGUCGGUGCUGCGGCUGCCUUCCGUUCGGGCGGAAAACGUGAGGAGUGGCGAAGCUGGGUUGGGGCUGCGUUGUUGGAGAGGGCUGGUCAGGGGUGUUUGGUGCAAAGGGCAUUCGUGCUGAGUUGGUUGGAGCAGUGUUACAAGCUGGUGGCGCGUGAUUGGCGUCAGCUGGUUGCUUAGGGAGUAUUGUUACAGGAACUUCGGCCGGAGCAUGUCGGGCCCUCUCACAAGGAAAGCACAAGGGGAAAGGGUCAAUACCGUGCACGCGGUUGCACAAGCAAACAGCGGGGCACUGUGUAGGAGGGAUCAGUCCAGUGGUCGUGACUGGUGCGCUGCUGUGGCGUCACGUCCCUCAGCGGUGGGGGUGU